AUGCCGCCAUCCACUCGCUCGAAGCUCAGACAGCCCGUGCUCUCACCAGGUAAACAACAGGCCGAAGAGCGCGCUAGGGGAUCCAACAACAACAAGGGAGACGAGGACCAGCCGACAUUUGAGAUUGUCGUGUUGGGAAGUGGAGGAGGACCUCUAGAGACUGAUUGUGCUGGGUAUUUGGUCAAGCCUUAUGGGAGCAAGUGGGAGGAUGGGGUACUUGGAGUCGAGGGCGGUUCUGGUCUUGGUGCUCUAGCGACGCUACUCUCAACGCGCAAAGCGAAAGACCUCUUCCCCGGCGUUGUGUUCCCCCGCGAAUACAACACCCCUCUGCUGAAAGCAUCCUACAUCUUCUCUUUUCUAUCAUCAUAUGUGAUAACUCACUCACACAUGGACCAUGUCCUCUCCCUCGUCAUGCUCACCGGCUCCUUCCCCUACCUCGCCCCUGAGCCGACCUCUGCUCCUGCCCAGAAAUCUGACCCCUCUCUCCCUUCCCUCCCCGCAUCAUCUCCCAAACCCCCAACAACAGUCUACGGCACAAAAGGCACCCUCAAACGCUUCUCCAUGGCCUACAAAGGCGCUCUCUGGCCUGAACUCGCCGAUUUCGAUCCUAACAGCCAAGAAGCGGACGACCCAGAGCCUAUAUCCGACAUGCUCUGGGACUAUGCUAUAGAAGGAGGGGACAGGCAGAAGAAACGCAAGCUUGAAGAGCUGGCACAGCCGAACAAGUCUUUGUAUGUGGCGGGGGCACCGGUAUUGCCGACGUCUAGGAGAUCAUCUUAUGCGGCGCUGGAUCCUGCUUCAGAGUCUGCUCUGAGCUCUCCUGGGGAUAUUCUCCACCCAUGUUUGACCUUUGCUCCCUUGGCUACUACCAAAAGUGUUGGGUCCAUGGUUCAAAACCUUCCCCUAUCCAUCCGACCGUUUCCCCUGUUGCACGGUGCGACUUCUCAAGGAGAGUUUGAAUCCUCUGCCUUCUUCAUCCGACACGUCCCCCCCGCCCACUCUUUUGCACCACCUCCUCAAAAUUACAACAAAAGCCCCAACUCACAAGAGAAGGAAUUUCUUUUCUUUGGAGACAUGGAGAGCGCUUACCGUAGACCCGGGGAGGAAACGGUAGACAAGGACAGAGCUGUGGAAGCGGGAAAGAUGAACAGGGAUGUAUGGACCGAGGCGGCCAAGUCUUGGGAUGAAGGGCGGUUGUCUGGUGUUUUCCUCGAGUGUUCAUAUGACUCUUCAAGGCCGGCACAGUCCAUGUACGGGCACAUAUCACCUCCAGGGUUGUAUCACGAAUUGAAGACUCUUGCUAGUCUGGUACAAUCGAAAGAUGAAAAGGAACCUCUCCGAGGUCUGAAAGUAUUCGUGAUUCACAUUAAAGAAUCUCUCCUCCCCAACGCCGAGGGCAAGGCGCAGAGAGAGAUUGUCAUGCGCGAGCUGCGCCAGCUGGAAGAGGAAGGUAAGCUGGGUGUGAUUCUUACGGAUCCGAAACGCGGGGAUAGAUUAGUCAUAUAG